CAACAGUCCAUUGUUUUCGAAUCCUGGCUAUCUCGGAACGAGGCCACGGCGUUCGUGCAGAUCGCUGGAACUGUGACGCUUGGUCUGCGGAGCUGAAAAGGUGCUCUUUUUGGUGAAUAAUAUAAGAUCAUAAAAUACGAGGUCCCUGGGAUGUGAGGCCAUUUCCAUGAGCAACAAAACAGCCACCAGGAGCAGUAGACUUGGAAGCAACAUCUGGAUAUGAAAUUCAAUGGGGCACAGUACCAGCAUGCCUUCGUCAGACAAAAGCGAAGCCAGUGGUUCCUGCAGGAGCCUCGCCACCAGAUCACAUUGCUGUGUUUCCUGGCCACCUUCACAGCCUAUGUGGAGCGAGUGGGCUUCUCAAUCGCCUACACAGCCAUGGCCAAGCGGGUCAAUGUUAGCGAGUCCGUGAAGGGGACCGUGCUCUCAGCCUUCUAUUGGGGUUAUGGCGUAUCGCAGGUUCCCGGCGGCUUUCUGGCGCAGCGUUACGGCGGCCGCAUCAUGCUGAUGCUCUCCUUCCUGCUCUGGUCUGCGGCAUCUUUAUUUACGCCCAAAACCGCUGCAAACUCUGGCGCCAUCACAGCUGCUCGCGUGCUUGUGGGCGUCGCACAGGGCUUCAUCAUUCCCUCGAUCCACACCUGGGUCCCCCCGCACGAGCGAGCGCGCGCGGUGUCGCUGACAACCUCCGGCAUGUACCUGGGCUCGGCCGCCGCCAUGCUGGCGCUGCCGGCCGUCGCGGCCGCGCGCGGUCCCGGCUCGCUCCUUUUACUGAACGGCGCGCUCGGCCUCGCCUGGCUGUCCGCGUGGACCAUUGUCGGGCGGGACAUCCCACAUAGGGAGCUGAUGAUGCCGAUGUCGGUGGGGGACGCGGGGAGGGACGUUAAUGCGCGGAAGGGGCGGCAGACAGCGACGCCGUGGGCGCGCAUGCUGCGGCAUCCGGCAGUCUGGGCCAUCGUGGUCAACAACUUCACCUUCCACUACGCAUUCUACGUUGUCAUGAACUGGCUGCCCACCUAUUUCGACCAGGUACUGAAGACGAACCUGGCGGAUCUGGGGUGGAUCCGCACGGCACCCUACCUCGUCAUGUUUGCCACGUCCAACGCGGGCGCAUGGCUUGGGGACUACCUCAUCACCUCACGCAAGGCCAGCACCGCUGGCGCGCGCAAGACGGUCAAUACUCUAGGGUUCUGGGGCACGGCGGGGGCGCUGCUGCUGAUGCCCCUGGCAGGGAACGCCGCGGGAGGGGUGCUGGCCACGAGCAUAACGUUGGGAAUGGCCGGGAUCGCGCGCGGCGGAUUCAGCGUGAACCACAUGGACAUUGCACCGCGCCACGCCGGCGUCUUCAUGGGCCUCUCAAACACAGCUGGCACCGUCGCAGGCAUGGUGGGUGUGGCGGUGACUGGGUGUAUGCUCGAGGCGGCAGGGACAGGCAGUCUGCUCGGCUGGUGGCAGGCUUUCGCCACAUCUUCCGCCCUGUGCAUGGCCGGCAGCCUGAUGUUUCUGACCUCCGCGCGAGGGGACCGCUUAUUCGGAGGCAGCGACCAAUUUUGA